AUGCUGUCUGUCCCAACCUCGCGCCGCCUGCUGUACCUCCCUCGGCGUCGGCGCCGCCGCAAACUCCAAUCUCCCUCCCUACCACGGACACCGAAGGACGCAUUCGCCGUGCCUCCAUUCGACCAGGUCCAGGUCGGAGAUGAGCAAGUGGCGGAGGUACCUGUACCUGCUGGUGGAUCGUUUCGACCAUGGAAACUACGCUCUGCGCCGCAUCGACGCGUCCACACUUUUUUCCCCACCACAAACCACAAGAACAUCGUCACUCCUGCCACAGGAACAGGACCAUCAGGAAUUGAGGAUGCUCGGCUGCCGCGACCAUUCAUCUCUUUCGUCGCUUCGCCCUCUCACGACUGUGGCAGUCGGGUCCUCGACUUCUUCACCUUGUUUGGACGCGGCGAGAACAAGAGCCUCAUCGCCAGCGCCGACGAGAAUGGAUUCACCUUCAUCUACGACCUCCGCCAUCAAACCGUCUACAACCAGCGCCGCCUCAACGAGCCAAAGCAGUUCGAAACGGUCUCCCUCGCUGUCGGGGACGCGCUCUACGUCAUGGACAGGACCCCGCUCCUGCCUAGCCAGAGCCGCUGCGAUGGAUUCACCUUCGAAUCCCUUGUGUAUGACGGAGUGCCAUCCCCCAAGUACUUGGAGAACAUUGAGGACUGGCGCUGGCGCUGCCUUGAGCCGCCGCCAUAUGUGCUUGAGAGUGGCUACAAACCCACCCGCAUCGCUGCCUACACGGCGGUCGGCGGCUCGCACAUCUGGAUAUCGACGCCGGGCAUCGGCACCUACUCCUUCGACACGUCGGCUGGCAAAUGGGUGCUUCCCUUCCGUGACCGUGCCCACUACUACAUCCCUGAGUGCGAUUCGUGGCUUGGCUUCUCGUCCAAGACCGGCCUGCUCUGCUCGUCGGACCUCAAGACCGUCGCCGCCUCUGGGCGGAGGCGGACCAGCAGGCCUGUGGUGUCCAGCGUGCUGGAGGAGGCGAUGCCAGAGUGUCACGGAUGCGACUUGAUCGAUCCGUACCUCGUGCACCUGGGUUCUGGCAAAUUUUGUGUCGCCAAGUUCUUCCAGAGGGAAUACAAAGUGUCCAAGGAAGGCUACGUCUGCUCUCCGCUUUUAUAA